AUUAACAAAUAUACAACUUUCUGGUGAGGAAUAAAUUAGGAACACUCCCACAUUUAGAUCCACGAACGUAAAAUAGCUAAAAUGACAUCAGGAGCACAAGGUUAUAACAGUGGUCUCUAAAGGAGGUUUGCCUUUUUGAACCUGAGACAUUUAGUUUGCUGUGCUUCUGACUGUUUGGUGAGCUGUCUGGAAGAAAACCUCAAAUUAAAUGUGAUGCAUGGAGGGGUAAAUGUCAUGGCUUGGGAAUGCCUUCUAUAUCUAAACAGCUCAUCAUCAUUUCCCCCAUGGGUUGUGCCACCUUGCUGAACAGGUGAGAUGAUCUGUCGAAAUAAAAAAGGCUUUUGCAGUCCGCAGUGAGAAACCAGGUAAAAACCUUCACCAGUGCUUUACGGAUGUGGCUUUGAGCUCAAUACUUUGCGGUGGUAAAACUUGAUUCAAAAGUGCUUACCAAUAGAUCGUCCUGCUUUGUUUAUUUGUAGGUUCUUUGAAGGCCAGUAUUGUUACCAUUAUUUCAGUGUGACUCCACAGAUCUCUGCUUGUCUCCUGUCACGAUUUGAAAACUUCUGCACCCACAGUCACAAAUUCUUUUGAACUCACUCAGGUCUGGAGGAAUGUUGAGGGUCUCUAGCCCCUCUCCCUGGAGAUUAGAGCUGCCCAUGCAUGGCCUCUCUCCUCUCCUCAAACUCAUUCCAUGGUGUGCCCCCUAAGAGCUGCUGCAUUUUUAUCUGAGCCCAGUGAUUGUGACAGAUUGGGCCAAUGAUGCACGCACGCACACACACACACACACAUGGUACACAUUUGUGUACACACAUGUUCGAGGCGCUAUCAGAGGGGAGGCUGCUUUGCCUUGGGAGGGACAGACAGUGCCAGGCAUGGGGUAUAAAACCCUCCAGGAGGUGACCGGAGUCCUCCUCUAGGCUGGACUCUUUCUCAGUCCUUUGUGCCAGGACACUGUCAGGACCGGCAGCAGACGAGCCGCCAGCAUGAAUGACAUCUACAAAGCAGCGGUUGAACAGCUGACAGAUGAACAGAAAAAUGAGUUCAAGGCCGCCUUCGACAUCUUUGUGCAAGACGCAGAGGAUGGCUGCAUCAGCACCAAGGAGCUGGGGAAGGUUAUGAGGAUGCUCGGGCAGAACCCCACGCCAGAGGAGCUGCAGGAGAUGAUAGACGAGGUGGAUGAAGAUGGGAGCGGCACAGUGGACUUUGAUGAGUUCCUGGUCAUGAUGGUGAGAUGCAUGAAGGACGACAGCAAAGGGAAGACAGAAGAAGAGCUGGCUGAGCUCUUCAGGAUGUUUGACAAAAACGCAGACGGUUACAUCGACCUGGAUGAGCUGAAAAUGAUGCUGGAAUCCACAGGAGAAGUGAUCACUGAGGAUGAUAUUGAAGAGCUGAUGAAAGACGGGGACAAGAACAAUGACGGCAAAAUUGACUAUGAUGAAUUCUUGGAGUUUAUGAAAGGAGUGGAGUAACCCUGAGCUGGAGAGGAUAAAAGUUAUUUUGAGUGUCACUGUGACUCCACAGUCAUCUGUGGAAAACUGGAUUUGGCUGCAGUUGAUGGAAAACAACGGGUCAGCAUUGCAAACACAUUGUUGAAGACACAAUUUUUGACUUUCAAUACAUUGAAUCUGUAUAAACGUGUCUGGAUCACUUAAAAUGUUUGUUGAGACCAAAUAUUAUUUCCCCUAUAGAUGAUUUAUGUUGGGUUUUUGUGUUAUGCUUCCAGGUAAAUGUAAUUUUUCAAAGGCUGCAGUCCAGUUCCUAAUAAGAUGCUGAAGAUGUAAAUAAACGCAAAGUAAGCUCUUGUUGGAAUAAUCAUUUUAUCCAGGAAAUGCGCCAGAUCCAGUCAGGGUGCAUGCCAUGAUGUACAGUUUCUCAGCGUCUAAAGUCCCAUCAGGAUAUUUUAUUCUGUCCAGGUGUUUCAGGUUUGACUGUCUGUUGCACUUGUAAGGUGCACUCGUGUAAUAAACAAAAUCCGAUCAACAAUAA